AUGGGGGAUAACAGCAUUGCAACAUCAAUUGGAAAUCCACCUGGAACUAGAAAUGCAAAUCAAAUUGAUUCUAGUCAUCCUUUUUAUCUUCACUCUUCAGAUAAGCCAGGAAUGAGCUUGGUGAACUUCAUUUUUUAUGGAAGAGGUUUUCAGGGCUGGCGAAGGACCAUUCUCAUAGCCCUUUCAGCUAAAUAUAAGCUCGGAUUUAUAGAUGGUACCUGCAAGAUUUCAAAUCGAAGUUCAUCAGACUAUCAUCUAUGGAGUAGGUGCAAUGAUAUGGUAACUUCUUGGUUACUAAAUUAUUUAUCAAAAGAUAUACCUGACAAUGUGAUUUAUUCACAAACUGCUAAGGAUUUGUAUACAGAUCUAGAACAGAGGUUUGGACAAUCAAAUGGUGCUAAACUCUUUUAUUUACAAAAGGAACUUAGUGACUUCGUUCAAGAUAACACUGAUGUUGCAUGUUACUACACAAAAAUGAAAAGGUUGUGGGAUGAGUUAGAAUCACUAAAUGCAGAAAACAAGUGUAAAUGUUUAUGUGUUUGUGGAGGUAAACAGAAAUUAACCAAAUCACUGGAAGAUGAGAAACUCUUCAGGUUUCUUAUGGGGUUGAAUGAGACUUAUGCACCAGCAAGGAGCAACAUUCUAAUUAUUAAACUGUUACCUAACCUCAAUCAUGCCUACUCAUUACUUUUGCAAGAUGAAAAUCAAAGGGAGAGCUAUGUGAAUGUAUCUACUGGUCCUUCUUUCUUUAUGGUAGGAAAACAAGGAAAUAACAUCCCUCAAUCUUAUGUUGAUAAUCAGGGUUAUGUUGCUAACCAAGCUUAUGUUAACUAA